GUAAGUCCUAUUUCGGGAAUAAAAACAUGGAAGUCCUAUUUUGGUAUAUCUUCAAUGUUUUAGUCCUACUUUGGUCUUUCUCCCUUUCAAAAAAGAAAAUGGACAACAAUGAAAGAAUGGAUUCUGUCCGGUGAUUGGUGGUGGAGCGAUUCAGUCCGAAGUAAGGUGGAAGCUAAGAAGGUGGCAUAUUUGAGGUACAUGGGCUGCAAUGUUGAGGAGGAAAGAGCGGUGUUACGAGUGGAGUACAAGAAGGCACGUAAAGAAGCUAAGUUAGAGGUUACGAGGGCAAAGAAUGCCGCUUUUGAACGCCUCUACAAGGAUAUUGAGGAGAAAGGCAGUGUUAAUCCACGGUUCCGGCUUGCUAAGGUGAGUGAGAGGAAGGCCCGAGAUCUGGACCACAUGAGAUGCAUGAAGGGCAGCGAUGGUAGAGUGUUAGUUGAGACUGCCAAGGUGGCUAAGCGCUGGGGGGAGUACUUUAGUGAACUCUUAAAUGCGGGAGGAGACCAGAGGCUAGUUCUUGAUGAGUUGGGGCAGUCCGGGGUGUCUCGUGUGUAUUUCCGGCGCAUUUGCCUGGAAAAGGUGGUUCGGGCUCUCCGCGGGAUGCGUAGUGGGAGAGCUUUGGGACCAGAUGAGAUUCCGGUGGAGUUUUGGAAGCAUGCGGGUCGUGGUGCGUGGGUUUGGUUAACCAAACUCUUCAAUGUUAUCCUCCGGACAGCAAGGAUGCCUGAUGAGUGGAGGGAGAGUCUCUUGGUCCCUCUGUUUAAAGGCAAAGUUCCCAUCGUGUACACUCGCGUGAUCAAGGAUAUCUACGAUGGGGCUAUGACUAGGGUAAGGACUUCCGGGGGCGACUCUGAGUCAUUCUCGGUAGGGAUGGGGUUGCACCAGGAUGAUAUUGUGCUUAUCGACGACACACGUGAGGGACUAAACGAUAAGUUAGAACUAUGGUGUCUUGCCCUUGAGACUAAAGGAUUCAAAAUAAGUAGGAACAAGACUGAAUACAUGGAAUGUCGUUUCAGCGGCUGGAAAACAGAAUCAGAAGUGGAAGUUAGGAUUGACUCUCACCUAGUACCUAAGGUAGACAGGUUUCGAUAUCUUGGCUCGGUAAUCCAGGCUGAUGGGGAGCUAGACGGGAAUGUUGGACAUCGUGUUGGAGUGGCUUGGGCCAAAUGGCGGUUAGCUUCAGGGGUGUUGUGUGAUCCGAAGAUUUCGUCCGGGAUGAAAGGUAAGUUCUACCGAUCCGUAGUCAGACCUGCUAUGAUAAAUGGGGCAGAGUGUUGGGCGGUUAAGAAGACUCAUGUGCGUCGUCUGCAUGCGGCGGAGAUGCGGAUGUUACGAUGGAAGUGUGGGAAGACAAGGUUGGAUAGGAUUUCGAACAAAGUUAUCCAACGUCAGGUAGGCAUGGCGCCGGUGGAAGAUAAGUUGCGGGAAGCGAGGUUGAGAUGGUUUGGUCAUGUGAGACGGUGGGAUGCUAACGCCCCUGUACGGAGAUGCGAGAGGAUUACGGUUAUCGGGGGAACUCACUGCCCCACGAUGCUUCAUCGUCGCUCACCGUCCCACGAUGGACAAGCCCAUUCUUAUAUCUUCGUCCUCCUUCAACUCUCCUGUUCACAUGCAUACUUGCUCUUGGGUUUGCAGGUGACCAAAUACAGUUCGUGUUCUUUGUUGGUCCUGUUCCACUUGCUUGACAUUUUAGAUUCAAUGGAAGCUGGAUCUUCACCUGCUCAACCAGCCAUUGAGGGUAAUCAGCGUGAACAAAUAACUUUAGGCUUCGGCUUAGAUAUCGUGAAAGGGAAAAAACUACUGCAAUCUGCAUCCAGUUUGAACCUUUGGGGGUUUUGUUGUUAUCGAGAUGAAAUAAAUGACUUUCUAAUCUCUUGAUUCCCCGGAGAUUCAAAAACUUUCCUAAGCUAUGAUGAAGCACUAGAUUCAAGAUAUUAGGCUUAAUUUUGUCCUCAGAUCUGGACGCUUGUGUGAAUGAGCUGCAAUCGAAAAGUGAACUUCAGAGAAGGAUUUACCUUUGAAUGCAUGCAAAGUGGCGAUAAAAAAAGCCACAACUGCAAAGAGAUUUAGAAUUUUGGUUGAAAUAAGCGAUGGAAGGAGUGCUCUGCAGUUCACCCUCUUCACCAACGAGCUCCAAAAAAUAGUAAAGACACUGUAAUUCAAGACACCGGCGGAGUCAAUUGAUUGUGUGUAUUUGAACAAUGCUCUAGAACCAAUCAAUGACACAGAAGCACACAAGCAAUCAAACUUUAAGGAAAAAACUUAAGAUUGAAGAGCAAGCAUAGUCCCGAUUUCAUUGCCAUGAAGCUACAAACAUUUUACCCUUAAAAGCUAAUCACUACCCCUCUUGUAAUAUAUGUUUAUCCUAAUA